ACAUGGAAGGAAGACGAUGGUUUAGAUGCAGAGCAGAUCUUCAUUAGCACUGCACUGUCACCUUCAGUUUUAAUAGAAUGCAGCAGAUUGGAGAUUUCACCAGGUGAAAAUGGAUUGUGCUGGGUUUCCGGAGCAAAACACAGACAGAAAUGUGUGUAUCGUCGGAUCUAAGCUGGUGGAGAACUACACUGUUUACAUUAUUGAGGUGGUCGUUGGAGACCACCGAUGGACCGUAGAGCAUCGCUACAGUGAUUUCCAUGACUUGCAUGAAAAGCUCACCUCAGAGAAGAAGAUUGACAAACAUCUUCUGCCACCUAAGAAGAUCAUUGGUAAAAAUUCAAAAAGCCUCGUGGAGAAGAGGCAGAAGGAGCUGGAGGUUUAUCUCCAGACUCUGCUCAGCAGAUUCCCUGUGGCCGUACCAAAAGUUUUAUCCAUCUUUCUACAUUUCCAUUUCUAUGAAAUUAAUGGCAUCGCUGCUGCACUGGCAGAAGAUCUGUUCCACAGAGGUGAACAGUUCUUGGCCGCUGGUGAAGUUUUCCUCCUGAAGCCUCUGCAGCUCUACGCCGUCACGCAACAGCUGAAACUGGCCAAGCCGACCUGCGCCAACGGAGAUGCCAAGGCCGAUCUGGGUCACAUACUGGACUUCGCUUGCCGCCUAAAAUAUCUCAAGAUCCCUGGAACAAAAGGAGCGGUGGGCACCAGCAAUAUUGAGGAAGAAAGUCUGCCCUUCGACCUCUCCGUCUUUAAAUCACUGCUUCAGAUUGAGAUGACUGAAUGCAGUUCGGGACAGAUAAAGGGAAUUUCUUCAUUAAAAUCCACUCUGGCUACACUCACUGUUCACAACUCAGCUGCAUCCAUGAAGGAAAUUCUGGUCCCAGAAGCAGCUGAAUUCGCUCAGUGGGAAGCUGAAGGUGUGGACAUCGACUGCACCGUGACCGCCAUCAUUCCAACCUGGAGGAUGUUGACCACUCUGGACAUGAGUCACAACGAUAUCUGCUGCAUCGACGAGUCUGUGAAACUGAUUCCUGCAGUCGAAUUUCUCGAUCUCAGUCACAAUUGUCUCUCUCUGGUGGAAAAUCUUCAGUAUCUGUACAAUCUCGUGCACUUGGACCUGUCCUGGAACAAGCUCACGGUCCUCCAGGGUGUUCACACCAAACUGGGCAACAUCAAGACCCUGAAUUUAGCCGGCAACCAGCUGGAGACGCUUUCUGGUCUCAGUAAGCUUUACUCCCUCGUCAAUCUGGACUUGAGCAGAAACAGAAUAGCACAGUUGGAUGAAAUUAAGCACAUUGGAACACUGCCCUGUCUGGAGAAACUUUCCCUCACCGAAAACCCCAUGUGCAUCAUUCCUGAUUACCGAACCAAAGUUCUGGCACUGUUUGGGGACCGAGCGUCAGAGGUGUGUUUAGACGGCACUGUAACCACCGAGAAGGAGCUGGACACUGUUGAAGUACUGAAAGCCAUUCAGAAAGCCAAAGAAGCCAAAGAUCGAAUGGCGACCAGUGAGAAAAAGGUUAGCGCCGUCCCCGUGCAUUCUGACGGAGGGGUGAAUGUUCCGUCCUCCGGUGCUGUCCCUGCUGCUCAGGCUUCCUCCUCUGCUCCUGCUCCUCCUGCUCCUCCUGCUGCUCCUCCUGCUGCUCCUGCACCCCACUGUUCCAACUCCAGCCAAGAACUAACCCGCAAAGAAGAAGCUUUUAUUGCCAAAGAAAUAUUAACUCAUGUGGAUUCUACACUCACCCAGCGAUGCUUUAAUAAUCAGACCUUGACUGACUUCACCCCUCAGGUUAAAACAUCUCUCACUACCUGUUUGUAUGAGAAAAACCCUUCUGAGCCGAAGGAUGAAAGUGACAGCUGUUUCUACUGUGAAAACCAGGACUCCUGGACUAAACGAUACUCCACACCAGUUCUUCCCUCCUCCUAUUUAUCCUACACCACCACCGACCUGGACUUCAUCACCCAGCUUUCCGAAUUAAUCCGUCGAGCCGGUGCAUCGAGAAAAACCUCGAACCCCGAAACCGUAACCGACCCUGUCGAGGUGACGGACCGAGGCAGCCCCGAUUCCAGCAGCAGUUAUUUCGAGAUGGGUCCGGAUCACAGUGACGACAUCAUGGGCUGCUCCUCAUCCACGACCCUUCAGGAGGAAUCGGAGACUCAGAACGUGGAAACCACAGACCCUCGGAUCGAUCUGCUAGUCUGGUGUUAUUGCAUAGCUGUGAAAUGUGAUGAAGGUCUGAAACAAAUGACCUGCUGUCUGGCAGCGACCGGGGACGCCUUGGUGCUGUUUCAGGUGCAGACCGGAGAACCUGCGUGCACCCUGCAGGAGUUAAUGGAGGGGGUCGAGAUCGCCCUUUUGGUGCCGUAUUUCGACAUCAAAGACGUUCAGAUCGACGUUCCGGACACUUGUGUGUCCCUGAGUUUAAAGUCCAGCGGUGCAAAAUGGUUCAUUUUCUCAGACGCUCAGAAUUUAAACGAGAUCCAUUCCCACCUAGACUCAGUCGUAGAUAAAACUCUGAGGAAUCCCGGCGGACCGGCAAACGUCCAACUGUUCGCUCAGCAGUUUUUAAACUCGUGGGAAAUCGACGAGAACGAAAGCGGAGCCAAAAGCGGACACUUGGCUCACGUCUUGAACCGCGCCUCGUUUAUCUCUCCCACUCAGGACCCCAAAAAUAACUCUGCCCCCCCUGACGUUUUAUCUUCGAUCCAGGAAAGCCAGACCUUCGUCCCUUUGAUGUUAUUCCUCACAACGCGGCAUCUCUGCAUCCUUAAGCUCGAUUUCAGGGCUCUGUCAGAGAAAGACGUGCGCUCCUGCACCAAAAUGACCCGGAUCCCCCUGGCGUCCGCCCUGAUUCACCCGAAACGAAGCCGCGCGGCUCAGGGCGGCUCCGAUGCCCAUCGGUUUUGCCACGCCCAUGUUCUGGAGAUCAUGGCAGGUCACGAACGACUGGCUGUCAUCUUCGCUCUUCCGCACGACAAGUUCCUGUUCCUCGGUCAGUUCGCUCAGUUCCGCGCCGGCCUGCGAGACAUCAAGACCGUCGCCCUGCUGCAGAACGGUCAGCGCCGGUGGAGAGCGGGCAGCACACCACAGGGUGAUUCUGCAACAACUCAUUUAAGUGUCCAUCAGGAGGUGCAGAAGUCUCAUUUGACGCUGUCUCUUCUGUACCCAUCCGAGUCUCUGGUCCAGCAGCUUUCAGAGGAGAACCAGUGUCCCUCUCACCUCUCUCUGUCAUCGUCUCUUCAGUACCUGUCCUCGCUGAGGGGUCACGAGCUCGUCGCUUUCUUCCAUGAUAACAUUGCAGAGGUGGAGAAUGAAGAGCUGAAGCACAUACUGUGGACGUCUGUGCUCUUCUAUAAGUCUCCUGAUGUGGAGCUCUCCGCCUGUGUCAUGCUGUCCACAAAAGCUGUUUACUUCAUCCUUGAUGAUGUAGCUUCCACUCUCGGUGAUCAGACUAUGACGUGGACCUGGCACCCAUCAGAGCACGAGGAGCCGGAUUUCCUCCUCACGUUCUGCUUCGUGAUGAAGCUGCAUGAACUGCAGUGUGUGAACGUGGGACUGUUUGACCAGUACUUCAGAAUGGUGGGGGCGUCACCGGAGCACAUCAUCUCCUGCCUGACCAGAGAGAGCUACAGCACACAUCACUUCCUCCAGCAGCUGAUGAGCGUGCUGUCCUUACUGGAGAAAGCGCCCUCGCCAGAGCCCUCCGAGCAAGACUUCUACACGCAGUUCGGCAAAAAGAGCACCGGUAAAAUGGAAAACUACGAGCUGCUCCACUCGAGCCGGGUGAAGUUCAUGUACCCGAGCGAGGAAGAAAUCGGUGACCUGACCUUCAUCGCGGCGGAGAGGAAGGGCCCGCAAGGACCCGCGCACUCGUUCAACGUCCUCUUCUACGCCCUGGCGUUCCAGGUGCAGAGCGGACCGGGCGCGGUGGCCGAGCUGCACCCCAAAAGCCUGGUGCUGAGCGGCACCCACGUCUUCCUGCUGGACGAGGACUACAUCAGCUACCCGCUGCCCCAGUUCGCCAAAGAACCUCCGCAGAGGGACAAGUACGGGCUCACGGACGCGCGACGGAUCCGGGACCUGGACCGGGUGCUCAUGGGAUACCAGCCGUACCCGCAGGCGCUCACGCUUGUGUUCGACGACGUCCCGGGGCCCGACCUGCUGUGCCACCUCACCAUGGAUCAUUUCUCCGAGGAGAGGCGGAGCGCGCGGGGCGGCGACGGGGCCGAGAGCGAGGUGCAGUGGUGCAUUUUCGUGCCCGGGGCAGACAGCAGAGAGAGGCUGAUCUCACUCCUGGCUCGCCAGUGGGAGGCGCUGUGCAGUCGGGAACUCCCACUAGAGCUGACCGGCUGAAGAGCUGCCGUUAUCGUUCAGUACCAGCAGAUUGCUGGGCUGUUUUCGUUUUAGCUACAUGGGGGGCAUUUUUAUGCUUGUUAUUGGAUGUCCGACAAGCCCGUGGUCAGUUGGGAGCAUCGUUUUGACCGUAUAGAGUGCAAGAAGUAAACAGACUUCCCAUUCGAUCCACUGCUGGGGUUUUUAAUAUCGUGAGCAGCGUGAUAUUGAAGUGUGGGUCAUAUUUCUGAUUUUAGAACCCUGUGAAACACACAGAACCAUCAGCCCUGGUGGAAUUUGUGUAAGUUGGUCACGGAGCUCUGAGUGGGCUGAUGUGAGACGAUGUGAUCUGAGGUUAAAACUAAAAAUCCCCAUUUGAUAAAAUAUUUUGUGUGUUUAGUGUUUUUUUUAAUUAUAUUUAUUUACUCCUGUGUUGUUAGCAACCAUUCAGAGCAAACCUGAGGCAAAAAUAUAUAUAUUAUCCUGAUCAGUGAAGCACAGCAUCCAAUGAAAUUGAUCUUAUUGCACCAUCCUUCCAAAUAAGGAUCCACUACCUCUUUUAGAAAUGUAUUUAUUUUAAUUUAAAUUUUAUCAGGAUUAUAACGUCGUGUUUUACACACUUUGGUUACACCCAUGACAGGACAGGUAGUUCCUGCUUACACAAGAUUCAUCAGUUCACAAGUUUUUUAAUGUUAAACACAGUCACUGACAAUUUAGUAUCUCUAAUUCACCUCACUUGCACGUCCCAUACCGACACGGGGAGAACAUGCAAACUCCACACAGAAAGGACCCGGACCGCUCCACCUGGGAAAUGCUGUGAGGCGACAGUGCCACCCACCGAGCCACCAUGCCGCCCAUUAAAAAAAUUACAGGGCGGAAAUCCAAGGCCGGGCUUCGUCCCCUGACCUGGCCGGUCGAUAGCACUGCUGAGAUUCUAACCCGGCUCUCGGUGGCGGUGAGUUAGCGUAAUAUCCCACUGCUCCACCGGAGUUGUAAAACUAUUGUUAUAAAUCUUAAUGAAUCUUUUCUAAACGUUCUUGUAUUUUGAUUUAUUCUUUUAAUUGUUUUUUGCCAACCUAAUUCUCCUGAUCAGGGCUGCAGUGGAUUCAGAAUCGGCUUUUUUGCAUUGUACUUAACCCUUAAUUUUAUUUCUCCUUAACAAAAUUAGCACCACUAUUCUAUUGUAAACUAUUUAACUUUUUUACACCCAUGUACAAACCCAUUUCUCAAAAGUACUUUUUUGUAAAAUGCCAGAAUUUGUGAUUUGUUGAUUCUUUUGAACCACUUGGGUCUCGUCACCCCGUUCGGAUAGAUGACGACGUUUAUUCCGACGUUUUUAGCGCUUCACGUGAAUCUAUAAACUGACCUGAACGCCUGCAACCUACAGGAGUGAAAGCUAAAGCUAACGAGGACACACACACACACACACACACACACUUUCUAUCACUACUUGUCAAACUGUUUAAACACAAAGCAUCAUGGGACGUUAGAGUGUAUGGAGUCCACGCUAGUGUAAUAUUUUCUUUCUCUUAUCAGGCCUGUGCGCGUGUUUUCUGGCUGCUUUCCUGUUAUUUAUCCGCUGCUGCGCACAACCGAGCGAGCGAACGCCGUGUGGUGUUUAACAGAGUAUUUUAUUGUGUUUUAUUCUGAAUUCUGUGGAUCAGUUUUAAAUAAAGAAUUUCAUAACCA